CAUUCGUAUUCAUACUGGUGAAGGGCUAAUUGUGUGUCCAGUUUGUGAUAAAAGGUUUGCUUCGGGUGGAUCACUUAAGAUCCACCUCCGUACCCAUACAGGGGAAAAGCCAUUUAAGUGUUCCGUUUGUAUGAAAAAUUUUACGUCAAGCACCCAUCUACGAAAUCACUUGCGCAUCCACUCAGCUAAAAAGUCAUUUGAGUGUUCAGUUUGCGGAGCAAAAUUUAAGCAUUCCAGUACUCUUUGGAACCACCGCUUUAUCCAUACAGGGGUACCACCAUAUAAGUGUACAAUUUGUGAAAAAAAGUUUUCCCGAGGUGGUUAUCUUAAAAUUCAUCUGCGUGUUCAUACAAGGGAAAAGCCAUACGAGUGUUCAUUUUGUGAGAAAGUGUUCAGUCAAUCUAGCGGCCUUAGAACGCACAUCCGCCGCGUUCAUACAAAAGAAAAGCCUUUUGAAUGUUCGGUUUGUCAGAAGAAGUUUUGCACCUCGGCCGAACUCAAGGUGCAUCAUCUUCGCAUGCAUACAGGUGAAAAGCCAUUUAAAUGUUCAGUUUGCAAGUUAAGGUUUAGUCAGUCUGACAACCUAGAAAAGCACUUACUUAGGCAUAUAAGGAAACUUUUGCAGCAGUAGCAAUCAAUUUGAGAAUGCGCCCACUCUUCUAUAGUGGGAAAGCGAGGGGAAAGCCUUUCAAGGGUUCAGUUUCUACGAAAAAAAAAUCUUUCAGUGGAAGUAUGGGAAUGCAUGACUCUUGACGUAUCUAUUGCACUUUUUGGUUCUUUGGUAAUUAGUUGUUCAAGCAAUAACGAAUGAUGCAAUCACUACUUCAGAAUAAAGCAAUGGAGUAGAUAGAGUUAAUUAAUUGUCCACUUGUGUGUAUGUGGUAGUUGCAUUCUUAUUGUGUUUAUAAA